AUGGCGGCUCGCAAGUUGAUUGCACGUAUCAAUCCCUCGAACUCUGCUCUCUUCGUCUGCGACAUACAAGAAAAGUUUGCGUAAGUGUCUAUAAUGGAGAAAAGACAAAUAAAUCGAAGGCCUUGUUUCAGAAAGAACAUUCAGUACUUUCCGGAAAUUGUGACCACGACUCGUCGGCUCAUCGAUGCUGCCCGGAUUUUGAACAUUCCGACGGUGGUCACGGAGCAGUACCCGAAAGGACUGGGCCACACAGUGCCCCUCUUGAAGGAAGGACUCGCGGAGAACACUCCUAUCUUCGAUAAAAUGAAGGUGCGGCCAGCCAUAUCAUCCGAGUUGUCCUGUACUUGUGCGAUUUGCAGUUCUCGAUGUGCGUUCCUCCAGCGGAAGGUCUUCUGAAAAACGUUGAGAACGUGAUUCUCGUUGGAAUCGAAGCUCACGUCUGUGUACUCCAGACAACGUACGAUCUUCUGGAGCGUGGCCACAAUGUGCACGUCGUCGUCGAUGCCGUCAGCAGCCGCAGUCACACUGAUCGUCACUUUGCGUUCAAGCAAAUGGAGCAGGCGGGAGCCAUUCUGACCACGUCCGAAGCGGCCAUCCUCGGAUUGGUCGGAGGUUCGGAUCAUCCGAAGUUCAAGGAAGUGCAGAAGCUGAUCAUGACGUCGGCCCCCGAUACCGGCCUCGUUCCACAGCCGAAGCUCUGA